GUUUGAAUGUUGUAUGGUGUGAAUGUAUACUGUCUCGUUUGUGAAGUACUAACAUAAACUUGCAAAUUUGGAUGUGUCUAGACGAGGCAAGUUAUUGUUGAAUAGUGAGUUCCAUAAAGGCGAGUACUUAUUAAAUUAGACUUGUCUGUGGUGGCGAAGUAGUAAACUGUCAUUUCGAAGCAAAGUGUCGGUCUUAACAGCGAUGUGAGAGCUAGAGUGAAUGCCCUUUGACGCCCAGUGCACCAAGGUACCACCCCCGUUUCAAUCUGUGGGGGUUAUAAUAUUUGUUCGCUUAAACUUUUGAAAUGAAUGUGACAUGGUGCUGUGAAAUUCCAAAAAUUCAUCGACAGGCAAUAGGCAUUUCCUGAUACACUCUUUUGAAUCAACAGUGGUACGUUGUGAGAAAGCUUUUCCGAGUAGUGAUUGAAGAAUGUUUGCUAAGAAGAAAAAGAAACCGCAGAUUUCCUCUCCAACAAACUUUGAACACCGUGUGCACACGGGAUUCGACAAGAGGGAGGGGCGGUAUGUGGGGCUUCCACUACAGUGGGCGAGCAUCGUUGGAAACAAUCAAAUCCUGAAGAGUACAAACAGACCACUACCUCUGGUCGACCCUUCUGAAAUAACACCAACGGAGAUUUUGGACUUAAAAACAAUCGUUCGUGGUGAUCCUCGGCUGAGUGGCAUUCCGAAAACUUCGAAUGUCGCCCGAUCGAACUCGUUGCGAUCGUCGAGCCCGCCGCGGCCGUCGAGGCGCGGGGAGUACCGCCAGGCUGCUGCUGGUGUGCCGCCACCAGUGCCAGAGGGGGAAGUGAUGCCUCCACUGCCCCAUCAGCAGCAGCUUUACAGUGGGGGCGGGCCGACGGCUGGACCUCCUGGCCCUGGUGGGUCUGUGAAGCACCAGCCCUAUCUGAAGCAGUCCUCGCCAGAAGGUGGAGACUGGCUGAAUGCCAGCAGCCGCACUGCUGAGGCCGGUGGCGACUACCGCGGCACCCCAGCUUCGGCGUACCAGCAGAACCUGGCGAACGGCAACCUACCUCCUGCUGCCACCUCCCCCACCGUGGGACCCGUGACGGGGGCGUACCGCCCGCCUGUGUCGCAGUCGCCUGCCACACCGGGCCCGCAGCAGCCCCAGUGGCAUCAGCAGGCGCCCCACCAGCACCCGCCCCACACCCACAACAUAAACACCAAGGUCAGCCACUUGCCCCCCACGGACGGACGAACGUCGCACCACGCCGCUACCCCUAAUGUCGGCGAGGCACAGCCGCACGCGGUGGCGGAUCGUGACAGGAAUCACAACCACAACCACGGCCACGUGCGGCCUGCGGUCGGGGGCAGCAGGGACCACUCGCCGCUCGGCCCGUCGCCCCAGCAGCAGCACCCGCCUCCGCCCCACCAGCCGCCCCCGCAGCAGCACUUACCGCCGGCACAGGCGCAGCUCCCGCCCACUGCUGCCACACCGCAGCCGUCGUCUGGUGUCGCCCCCCAGGCUGCUGCUGCCGGCAGUGGGGGAGGAGCUAAACCGCCACAGCACGAGCAACAGAGGCUCACCCACGAGCAGUUCAGAGCUGCUCUUCAAAUGGUGGUGAGCCCUGGUGACCCACGUGAAAACCUGGAGCAGUUCACCAAAAUUGGUGAAGGCUCUACAGGAACUGUGUGCAUUGCUGUGGAGAAGUCUACAGGCCGCCAGGUUGCUGUCAAAAAGAUGGAUCUCCGGAAACAGCAGCGGCGGGAACUUCUAUUCAAUGAGGUGGUGAUAAUGCGUGACUACCACCACCCGAACAUCGUGGAGAUGUACGACAGCUUCCUGGUGCAGGACGAGCUGUGGGUGGUGAUGGAGUUCCUGGAGGGGGGCGCCCUGACGGACAUCGUGACGCACGAGCGCAUGGACGAGCAGCAGAUCGCGACGGUGUGCCGGCAGUGCCUGCGCGCUCUCUCCUACCUGCACUCACAGGGUGUCAUCCACCGUGACAUCAAGUCUGACUCCAUUCUGCUGGCUGCUGAUGGGAGGGUAAAGCUGUCAGACUUUGGUUUCUGUGCCCAAGUUUCACAAGAACUUCCAAAGCGAAAAUCACUUGUUGGAACACCGUAUUGGAUGUCACCAGAAGUUAUCUCUAGGCUUCCAUAUGGGCCAGAAGUUGACAUAUGGUCACUUGGUAUUAUGGUGAUAGAGAUGGUUGAUGGUGAACCUCCUUUCUUCAAUGAACCACCACUGCAAGCAAUGCGCCGAAUAAGGGAUAUGCCUCCUCCAAAACUGAAGAACACUCACAAGGUAUCACCGAGGCUGCAGGGAUUCUUGGAGAGGAUGCUUGUCCGAGAUCCUGCGCAGAGGGCGACAGCGGCGGAGCUGUUGCAGCACCCUUUCCUGAGGCAGGCAGGCUCCCCGGCACUCCUGGUGCCGCUCAUGAGAGGCUCACGCCACAGCAGCUGCUAGUCGCAGAAGCCGACCUCCCGCAGUAACCCGAGUAGUGUAUGUUACACAGUCAAGUGCCUGUUUGUGCCAUUCCAGUGCACAUCUACCUAAUUCUACCACAAAAUGAUCACAAAGUGAUCCUUUUUAACACGGGUCUGGUUGAACACAAAGUGGGUAACUAUAUUCGUGGAUUUGGCAGCUUGUGCGUUUAUGUCUUCAUCGUCAUUUUGAAGAACUUAUUGAUACUGUGGUGAGAUCUGCCUGUGUAUAGUUUUAGUCUCCAUAUGUUGCUGUUAAGGGUAUUGAGCUUGUAUUUACCUCAGCCAAUGCUUAUUGCCCAGUAAAUGUGGAAUUAUGUGGGCAAAAUUUCUAGAUACAGAUGUUGCAAAUGUACUUAUUGUGUACUGUAGCACCCGGAAUUUUAUAUAAUAUUUUUAUUAGUGAGUAGCAGUAAAUGAGACUUUUUGAGAAGUACAUAGGAUACUGCAUUAGUAACAGCAAGAAUCUACCUUUAUGUAUGUAGGUGUUAUUAAAGCUUUCCAAAGAUUGGAUUGAAGGAUGGAAAUAAAAAUGUAUUUCUGUUUGAUGGUAUCUAAUGCAAGUUCUUGAAUGUAUUUACAAGAAAAUAGUUAAGUUUAUCUCUCUUCAAGAACAUUCAGCAUUAAGCAGUAACAGUGAUAUCGAACUUCCCAAGGGACUAAAACUGUGUGCCACCCAGGACUCCAACUGUAGUUUUGCAUUUUGCAGACUUCAAUAGAAGAAUUCCUGUGAAAGCCAAUGAUCUGGGUGAAAAGAUCUGGUCCAGCACACACUUUUAUUCUCUCGGGAAGUUUCAUUGUAGCAUACACUCAAGUGUGGAGUGAAACAUGUAUGCUGGACUGGAAAUAUAUGUUCAUUAGGUGAAAAAUCCAUGUGGAAAUUUUCAUAUGUUCAUCAUCUUUGCUUGAUCGAAAGGUUUAUUUAUCAAGUUGUGUGCAGCAAAUAGGAAACAAUGCUCUAAGGCAGCUGUGACAGAGUUCUUUUAAUUACUAGAAGCUCAUUCACAAUGAUUUGUGUGUGGUACAGUAAAUUCUUCCCAUUUAGUAAUUAAUUGAUUGAAAUUUGUUGCAACUCAUCUAUCUUUGUAUAGUUGUACAGUCUUUAAGGUGUAUGGUAAACAAAAUGUGUAUUUCCUAAUGAAAGGAUAAAAUGAAGUAUCUCAGUGGCCUUUGCAUACAAUGAGUUAAGAUGAUAUUUUUGUAGCAGUUAAGCACUGCCAUGGCAGUGGGAAACCUUCCUUAUGUUCCAAUAGAAUGGUGUAGGGAAGUCACAGAAAGUGCAAAAUGAGAGAGACUGGGGGUUAGAUGUCAGUCAUUCAUAUAAAUGUAUUGUUGUCUUCAUGUUGCAGCAUGUCAGUUGAUUGGUUAUUUGAAUUUAGCUUACCUGGGCUGUUCUCAUUGCAUCUGGAUGGUGUUGUAUUUGCUGACAGGCACAUAAGGAAGACUAAAGCUUUCAGACAAAUACAUACAUAGACAUACAUACCCCUGUGCACACUGCGUCACCCCCCCCUCCUCACACACACACACACACACACACACACACACACACGUGUACAGCUGAUAAAAUGAUUGGGAGGAGGAGGAGGGCAUGUGGGGGAAGGGUGGCAGAUGGCUGGGAGGGUAACAGCAGGCAUAUGGCAUAGGAAUGUGGGAAGGAGAAGCAACAGGUGCCUGCACCCACACCCUCUUUCCCAAAGCCUCAUCUUCCUCUG